AAUACAGAUGGAGAAGGCUCGCCUGCGCUCUGUGGUAGAAAAAGUCCACUUAAGCCCGCGUGACAACUCGCAUACUAUUCCCUUUGUGUUUAACCUGUCACCAUGAUAUCCAGGCUGUGCGUUCUUUGUCUGACGGCCGCGUUGGCAAUACUCUCCCGGCUGGCGGAGGCAGUUGGUCCGGUGGUGCGAUGUGAACCUUGUAACGCGGGAGCACUGGGACAGUGCAAACCGUUGCCCAAAGAUUGUACCGAGAUCGUCCGCGAGCCCGGCUGCGGCUGCUGCAUGACUUGCGCACUUACCGAGGGACAGCCUUGUGGAGUGUACACGGGGAGGUGCGGCUCUGGUUUGACUUGCCAACACCAGCCGGGUGAGAUCAAGCCAUUGCAAGCUUUACUGGACGGACGGGGAGUGUGCUCCAGCGCAGUUUCCAAAAAACUCAGCGGCAUUUUGCUGCCAGUUCAUAAACAAGAGAACAGCAGGGGCUCGGAGGAGGACAGGGGCACCAACGGCACGGGGUCUCAAGGCCUGGAGAGCGCCCACAGGGUCCCCGAAACCAAGGGCCCCCCCCAUCACGCCAAAGGGGACGUGAUCCUGAAGGAGCUGUCCCGAAAGUCGCAGAGCCACAGGGUGGAGUCGGUGUCGAGCGGCCUCAGCGCGGACAUGCACAACUUCUCCCUGGAGUCCAAGCGCGAGACGGAGUAUGGCCCCUGCCGGAGAGAGAUGGAGAGCAUCCUGAACAGCCUCAAGAUCACGAACGUCCUGAAUCCCCGGGGUUUCCGCAUACCCAACUGCGACAAAAAGGGCUUCUACAAGAAAAAGCAGUGUCGCCCGUCCAAGGGGAGGAAGCGCGGGUACUGCUGGUGCGUGGACAAGUACGGCCAGCCUAUGCCCGGCUACGACGGCAAGGAGAGGGGCGAGGCCCAGUGCUACAACCUGGAGAGCAAGUGAGGCAGAGCGAGAGAGAGAGAGAGAGAGAGGGAGGGAGGGAAGG